CAACAUACCGCGACACAUAAUUCUCAUUGAUAUAACUUGAUAAUUUUGCGUUUCGCACUGUUUCGCACAAAAGUUUCGAGUAGCUGGUUUUUUUGCAGUUCAGCCCAUACGCAACACCACUCGCAUAGGUCAUACCUGGAAAUAAGUAACAUUAGUUAGAAGUAAAGACAUGUCCACAAAGAAACCUCAGCCUCAAAAGCCUCAGGACGACGAUGACGAUGAUGAGGACGACGACGAUGAGGAGGAAGACGAGGACGAGGAUGAGGACGACGACGAGGAGGAGGAAGAUGAAGACGAUGAGGAUGACGAGGAGGAGGACGAUAAAGAGGAGACAACCAGGCCCUCACCGAAAGGUCGGCCCCGACCAGUCACAGCUCGGCCUCGUCCCGCCCCCCGACCCGCUGUGCCAUCCCCGUCCCCAACCCCACCCACCCCACCGACACCGCCUCCACCUGCUGAACCUGUCUACCGUGUGAUGACUCCUCAACAGGUCAAGGAAGAGCGCCUGAAGGCCCUUACCGCAGCCCACAAAGAAGCCCUUCGGCAACUGGCCCUGGAACGGCAGCAAAUCGUACAACAGCAGGCUCUACACGGUACGACAAGCGCGCUGGCUGCUACUGCUGGAACCACACGGCUUUACGGCACCGGCUCCUCAGCCUCAUCCUCAACCGCAGCAGCGGGAGCACCGCCCGGGUCGGCGGCGUCCACGUUGGCCGUGGGUCGAGCGCCGCCGCUGUGGCGACCGCCCUCUAAUGCCGAGUCCCGGGAGACCCGAGCGGCGGCUCGAGCGGUGCUGAUAGAGCAGCUGCAGGUCAGCAUGUGUUAAAAAGGCUGGCCGCAUGUCAGCAUGUGUGUAUGUACUGCCGCACACACACCGUGAAAGGCAUCGUAGUCCAUGUGCAUAGGGGCGACCGAGAACUUUAUAGUCCAGGAUAGCUUUAUAGGGCUUGUAGCAGCUGCGCCGUGUGGGAAAUGACAUGCACCGAAUUCCAACUUGCCGUAUCAACGACUAACGGUAACCGGAUACCGGUAUUACGCACCGUGAAGGCGAAGGCGUGCGAAGGCGUUUGCCAUCUGCCAACGCCGGCAACUCGACAAUUCCGGUGUUUGGUCCUUAGCAGUUGCCUAUCGAUGUGAAGAGCUGAGCGGAACUGAGUGAGCCGGGCAGCAGGAUGACUGGACCUUACACGAGGCCGACCACCGGCCGCAGCCCAACCAACAGCAACCACCGAACCACAAACCCAACGUAGCGCGAGGGUGUCGCUUGAGCCGCCUCAACCCAGAAGACAACCAUAAACCCCAAGGACGUCUGCCAGCCCCUGCAUUCCCGAAACAAAACCAGCACGGAGCGAGUGCAGCGGGUAAAAACGGGAACAGGGGCGCACAAGGGCAAAAACCCCGCUGCAGCUCCGGCCAGCACCUAAAGUUGGCAGGCGACCAAAAAGCCAAAACGAACUUCCAGGCAACCAACCGACGAGUACCCAGCAACACCCAGCAACACCCGCCUCAACCAGUUCAUGGUCGACGAUUCCGGUGCUUUCUAUCACACCAAUCAUGCCCACGAGCUCGCAUUACACCCUUGCAACCGUAGGUACAUGCCUUCCCUUCCAACCCCCACAACUCUCAACGGCCAAGCCUCGGGCCUUCCCCUCAACAGGUAUAGAUGCCUCUCCCUUGCGGCAUGGCUUCUGCAUGCAUGCUGUAGAGUGUAGGCUGCCGGCGGACCGGUAUCCCCUGCAUUUGACUUGUAUAAGAGGAGACGUAGUGCCAAGCCAAGACAUUGCUCAGGGUAAAACCGCUUCGCCCCUAGCCACCCGCGUUACUCCACUUGGACGGUUGUCGUGGAUGCACAGCUCUCAACCCACUACCCC